AUGACCAAACCAAAAACGAUUAAAAUAAUAAGGAAAAAGACUUUGCAAGAAAAGACUGAUCCCCUUGCCAAGCAAAAACUUAUUUGGACGAUAGGCCAUUACAUGACCUUAGGGUUAGGUGCAUUCUUCACUAUCACAUACUUUUUUCAUGUUCUGCUAUUCUUUAAAUAUCGUUCAUGGAAAUGGCUAUUCUUAAGAGUUAAUAAACAUUAUAGUAUCAUUGGAGGUACAAGAUGGUAUCAGUCUAUUUUACGGUGGUUACCACAAUUGGCUUACAGACUGUCGUUAGUUGGUGUAUUUUUAUCAGGUUCCAUUACCAUGUUACAGAAUUGGAAUGGGUUAAAUCCAACUUGGUAUGAUUUGUUAUCCUCCGUCAAUGCCCAAUCGAUGUUAAUGGCCUUAUUGUGGUUCAUUGGUGGUGGAAAAUCCUUUUAUAGGUUAUUUCCGUUUAUGAUUCUAAGCUACAUGCAUCUGUUGAACAAGGAGAACGAAUUCACUACGGAUGAUGAAAAGAGCUCGGAUGAAUGGACAAUGCAAAAUAAGGAUUUAUUGCAUCUGAUUGCAUAUGCUGAAAUGUUUAUUUUCGUCACUCUCCUCUUGGACACUAUAUUGUUAAAGACUGGUUCUUCAGGUGUUUUAUUAGUUGUUUAUUUGGGUAUUUAUUGGUUAAGAUUGAACUUUUCACCAUAUGCUCAAAUUACAUUCCUAAGAACCCUAAAUAAAUUCGAUGAGCAGAUUCCAGCUAAGCAUAAGAAUAAGUGGGAAAUAAUUAAGAGAUUCAUCUAUUUGAAGAUGAAAGAACAUGAAAAGAGAAGCCGUAUGUAUGCGAGCACUGCUUAA